AGAGGAGGAGGCGGAGGAGGGCCAGGCGGAGGGGAGGGUGUCCGUGCCCCCCCGGGGUGGGGCCUGCGGAGGUCGCCAGAGGCAUCGGACCCCGGCGGAGCAGCCUCCCUGCUCCUCGCCCCCCCGGACCCUCCCUCGGUCUGGCCCACCGUCCAGACUGAAGCGGACCCCCAAUCCGGCCACUGACAAGCCAGGGACCGGCGCCUCCCCCCCCAUCACCGCACCAGGGGUGGAGGAGCGCCCGGCUGAGCGCCGGCGCUGGUCCUCCGGGCGCGAGCGCAAGAGGCCGCCCUCCGCCGCCGAGCGGACCGACUCCCCUCCCCCGGGGCCCGAGGGGCCGGAGGCAGUGAUGCCCUCGCUCUCCAAACCAGGCCAGGAGAGCCACGCGGUCAAGGGACAGCCUCCCUCCCCCGCAACCCAGACGGUCAAGGGACAGCCUCCCUCCCCCGCAACCCAGACGGUCAAGGGACAGUCUCCCUCCCCCGCAACCCAGUUGGCUAAGGGACAGUCUCCCUCCCCCGCAACCCAGACGGGCAAGGGACAGUCUCCCUCCCCCGCAACCCAGACGGUCAAGGGACAGUCUCCCUCCCCCACAAUCCAGACGGUCAAGGGACAGUCUCCCUCCCCCGCAACCCAGACGGUCAAGGGACAGUCUUCCUCCCCCACAACCCAGUCGGCUAAGGGACAGUCUCCCUCCCCCGCAACCCAGACGGUCAAGGGACAGUCUCCCUCCCCCGCAACCCAGACGGUCAAGGAACAGCCUCCAUCUCCCCCAACCCAGACGGGCAAGGGACAAUCUCCCUCCCCCGCAUCCCAGAUGGUCAAGGGACAGCCUCUGUCUCCCCCACCCCAGACGGUCAAGGGACAGUCUUUGUCUCCCCCAACCCAGACGGUCAAGGGACAGCCUCCGUCUCCCCCAACCCAGACGGUCAAGGGUCAGCCUCCGUCUCCCCCAACCCAGACGGGCAAGGGACAGUCUAUGUCUCCCCCACCCCAGACGGUCAAGGGACAGUCUUUGUCUCCCCCAACCCAGACGGUCAAGGGACAGCCUCCGUCUCCCCCAACCCAGACGGUCAAGGGACAGCCUCCGUCUCCCCCAACCCAGACGGUCAAGGGACAGCCUCCGUCUCCCCCAACCCAGACGGUCAAGGGACAGCCUCCGUCUCCCCCAACCCAGACGGUCAAGGGACAAUCUCCCUCCCACCCAACCCAGACCGUCAAGGGACAGCCUCCGUCUCCCCCAACCCAGACGGUCAAGGGACAGCCUCCGUCUCCCCCAACCCAGACGGUCAAAGGACAAUCUCCCUCCCACCCAACCCAGACGGUCAAGGGACAGCCUCCGUCUCCUCCAACCCAGACAGUCAAGGGACAGCCUCCGUCUCCCCCAACCCAGACGGUCAAGGAACAGUCUUCGUCUCCCCCAACCCAGACAGUCAAGGAACAACCUCCAUCACCCGCAACCCAGACGGUCAAGGGACAGCUUCCGUCUGCAGAAACCGAGACCUCCGAGGGACUGUCUCACCCCCCUACAACCCAGACGGUCAAGGGACAGCCUCCAUCUCCCACAACCCAGACGGUCAAGGGACAGCCUCGAUCUCCCACAACCCAGACGGUCAAGGGACAGUCUCCCUCCCCCACAAGCCAGACGGUCAAGGGACAGCCUCCAUCUCCCACAAACCAGACGGUCAAGGGACAGCUUCCAUCUGCAGAAACCCAGACCUCCGAGGGACUGUCUCACCCCCCUACAACCCAGACGGUCAAGGGACAGCCUCCAUCUCCCACAAACCAGACGGUCAAGGGACAGCCUCCAUCUCCCACAAACCAGACGGUCAAGGAACAGCCUCCAGCUCCCACAAACCAGACGGUCAAGGGACAGCUUCCAUCUGCAGAAACCCAGACCUCCGAGGGACUGUCUCACCCCCCUACAACCCAGACGGUCAAGGGACAGCCUCCAUCUCCCACAACCCCGACGGUCAAGGGACAGCCUCCGUCUUCCCCAACCCAGAUGGUCAAGGAACAGUCUUCGUCUCCCCCAAGUCAGACCGUCAAGGAACAGUCUUCGUCUCCCCCAACCCAGACGGUCGAAGGACAGUCUCCACCAACCCCGACGCAGACAGCGAAGGAACAGAACCCGUCUGCCCCAAGCCAGACGCCGAGGGCUCAGUCUCCACCUGCAGCGACCCAGCCGGCGGAGGGCCAGACGUCACGUCUGACGGUGCAGACGCCCGGCGACGCGGAUCCGUCUCCGCCACCCCCGAGGAAGGGUCAGCCUCCCCCGCCGGGCCGGGGAAAGGAGGGCGGGCCGGAGACACCCCAGCCGGCCGAGGGGCAGACUGCCCGCCCGCCCCCGUCGGCGCCGCGUCUAGCCGCUGGCGGGACCCCCUCCCGGAGUCCGGCGGGCGGAGGCAGGUCUCCCCAGGGGGGGCGGGGCACCAGGCAGAGCCGGGGCGAGCGGAGGGGGGAGGGGUCGUCUGGCUCCGCCUCCAGCUCCAGCGAGAGCUCCGGCCGCAGGCGCCGCUCGUCCAGCUCGUCCUCGUCCUCCGGCUCCUCCUCGUCCCGUUCACGCUCCAGGUCCAGAGGCAGGUCCAGCUCCUCGUCCACCGAGGCUCAGUCUCCCAGCCCAGUGCGGCACGGGACCUUCCGCAGGGACAGGUCUGCUGACCGACACCCGCCGUCCGCCGAAGGCCCCAGAGCUGAGGCAGCGAGACCCUCGAGUGGACGAAGCCAGACAGCUCCCAGCACCUCCCUUUCUGCAGGGAAACGCCGCAGGAACUCCGAGGACACCAAGGAGGGACAGCCAGCUGCCAGGAGACUAACGCAGGAGACAGGAACUGCAGAGGAAGCAGUCGCUCAGAGAAAGGCAUCGUCGCAGCCCGGAGUCGGCCGUCACCAUGUUGAGACCAAGCAGGCGGGGAUGGAGACGGAGACGAGCGCAGAGUGCGAUCCCGCGGAGCUGCCGAGCGAGCCCAAGGAGCAGCAGAGGAGCGAGGAGAGCAGCCCACCGGACGGGGAUAAGAAAGAGAACGCAGUCCCGAAAGCUUUCAAGAGGAAGAUCUCGGUGGUUUCUGCCAGUAAAUCCACCUCAGCAGGUAGUGGGGAGAUUGAGGCCGGACUUCCAGCUCGCAAGAGGCGUUGGGGGUCGAGCACUGUCGCCACCCAGAAGAAACCCUCCAUCAGUAUCACCACCGAGUCGCUGAAGAAUCUGAUUCCGGAUAUUAAACCUCUGGCGGGCCAAGGCCCCGGGCAGGGCCAGGAGGCUGUGGUGGACCUUCAUCCGGACGAUACCCGCAUCUCUGAGGAUGAGUGUGAAAGGAAUGAGGAGGAGGAUCCGCACGAUAAGGGGUUAAAGAUCCGCCGGACAGUAACCCAGGUGAUCCCUGCUGAAGGUCAGGAGAACGGGAAGGAGGAUGAACCUGAAGAGGAAGAGGAGGCGAAGGAACCGGAGGCACCUCCUGUGGAGGUUGCUGAGGUCGUACCUGCUGCAGAACCUGAGGUUAAAAAAGUCACUCCGAGUGAGACAGUUGUGAGACGUUCGAUCAGCCAGCAGAGGACGGGAAUGUCCGUGACAAUCGAUGACCCGGUGCGUUCCACCCAGAAUCCCUCACCGCCCCGGGGGAAAACCAGCAACAUUGUCCACGUCUGUAACCUGGUGAGGCCGUUCACGCUUGGGCAGCUGAAGGAGCUGCUGAAUCGCACAGGAACCAUCGAGGAGGAAGGGUUCUGGAUCGAUAAGAUCAAAUCCCACUGCUACGCCAAAUACACAGCCAUUGAAGAAGCAAUUGCCACACGGAACUCCCUCCAUGGUGUGAAAUGGCCGGCCUCCAACCCCAAAUUCCUGGCUGUCGAUUAUGCAGAACAGGAUGAGUUGGAUUUCCACAAGGGGCUGAAGCUGGACAAGCCGACGGAGCAGAAGAUGGAGGAGCCUCGUACAGACGCGCGGGACCACGAGCGGGCGGCCCGGGACCAGUGGGCUGAGCGCGAGAGGGAGAUGGAACGGCGGGAACGCACGCGCUCCGAGCGGGAGUGGGACCGUGACAAGGUCAAGGAGUACGAGGGCAAAGAGGGCACCAAGGCUCGUUCGCGUUCCCGAUCCCGCUCGCGCGAUCGCCGGAGGAAAGAACGUGCCAAGUCCAAGGAGAAGAGGAACGAAAAGAAAGAGAAAGCCCCCGAGGAGCCCCCUGCUAAACUGCUGGACGACCUGUUCCGCAAGACGAAGGCCGCACCGUGUAUAUACUGGCUUCCCCUGACAGUCGAACAGAUCCUCCAGAAGGAGAUGGAGCGGGCGGACCGGGCCCGGGAGAGAGAGCGGCGGCGCAAGGAGCAGGAGGAGGAGGAGCGGAAGCAGGCGGAGCAGCGCAAGGAGAGGGCGAAGGAGCGGGAGAAGGAGCGGGAGCGGGAGCGGGAGAAGGAGGCCGAGCGCAGCCGGGAGCUGGAGCGCGAGCGGGACCGGAAGCGGGACCACAGCCGCGAGCGGGGCCGGGACCGGGACCGGGAGCGGGACCGGCGGGACGCCAAGCGCCGGAGCCGGAGCCGGAGCACGUCGACUCGGGACCGGAGCAGGCGCUGACCGACUGACCGACCGGCCCGGCCGGCCGCGGACACUGAGGGCG